UAAAAGCUUACGACCUACGACUUACAAGCACAGUAAAGUGCUAGGAAGGGAAGGCAAUGUACUGUUCAAGGAGCAAGCUCUUCCAUUACCUCGUGAUCAGUGGAUUGCUGAUGUGCCUGUUAUAUGGAAGAGCAGAGGCGAUUGUUGGAGUCGAUGAAUGCCAGGCGACCCGGGUGAUACACUUCCUUGAAUAUCCAGGUUGUGUCCCAAAGCCGAUUCCCAGUUACGCAUGCAGAGGACGAUGCAGCAGUUAUCUGCAGGUGUCCGGGUCCAAGAUGUGGCAAAUGGAGAGAAGCUGCAUGUGUUGUCAGGAGAGCGGCGAGAGAGAGGCUAGUGUGUCCCUGUUCUGUCCGAGGGCGAAGCCAGGGGAGAAGAAGUUCAGGAAGGUGAUCACCAAAGCACCACUGGACUGCAUGUGCAGACCUUGUACCAGCGUGGAAGAAUAUGCCAUAAUCCCUCAAGAAAUCGCAGGAUUCGCCGAUGAGGGUCCUUUUGCGACGUCCGCGCAUUUCAGAAGAUCCUCCGGCUUACAAUAGAUAUAAAAUAUAUCUCGUCUCUUCUUAAUGAAUAUUGCACGGGAAAUUUCAGGGAACUUCGUACAAAAUCGCAAGCGAGAAAUGUGGAAAACAAACAAUAAUCUUACCCUUUUUCUUCAUGUUGAGGCCCACAAUUGAUCGAACGCCUGGACUUGAUAAGUUUCGAAAAAGUUUUGCACGUCAAAAGGGAAAAAAAAAACCACGCUAAUCGAACAUUCCUUUUCGAACGAAAAGAAAACUACUAUACUAAAUCACGAAUAUGAAACACUUCGAUGCCGGCAAACGUUCCUCGACAACAACAACACAAGACGCUUUCUUCGGAAAUUCGUCGAGCGUGAAUCGACGCGGGAACGUCUACCCUCGAGUUUAUUUACGUCCGAGAUAUUCGAUGCGAGGUGGAAAUCGACGAUCGGCUUCGAUUCGAUCAACGCGCAGUGAUUUAAAACACUUCGAAUGGCCGUUCCGCACCACUUUGCGUCCUUGUAACGGUCGAAGGGAAAAGAAAAAAAAAAAAAGAAAAAACUCGAAGAGACAAGUGUUUUCUAUCGUCAAAGUCACGAAGACACUGGCGAGGGAUGACGAUGAGAGCGACGCGGUACACUUCCGUAAGAGUCGCGUGUGCAGGAGCGAACGAUGACACACCGAGAUGCACUCGAGUAAGACUGAGCGAGGCUCCUCGUGGCUUUGGAGGUUAGACUUGAGAUCAGGCUGGGUUACGUUAGGUUGGGACGCGGCGAGUCGCGCCCUCUUUCGGAAAAGCGCCGAGACGAAAAAGUUCCUAAACGAUGCGCGGGAACAUUUUUGCUUCUUCCGCGCACUUCCACAGAAAGAGAGAAAGACACGUGCACUGAGAAAAACGUUUGUCCACUCGACUAAACCCUUUCAACUGAAUAUUUUUUUUCUCAUUUACACAUA